GCCCCCGCCCCGGCCCAGGGAGUCUCUCCAGAAGCGGGAGACUAAAUAACCAGGACAAAGGAGCCCGCCUCUAUCAGGGACGUCCAAGAUCAAGGCUCCAAGCAGAUUCUUUGAAAGAUGGAUACUAUGAUGCUGAAUUUGCGGAGUCUGUUUGAGCAGCUUGUACGCAGGGUGGAGAUUCUCAGUGAAGGAAAUGAACUCCGAGCUUUCAGUGUUGAUGUUACAUCUGGAGCCAGGUGACUAAUGAGUUGCAUAUUCCAUAGCAGAUGCCACUGGCUAAACCAAAAAAUUCAUCCAAUUGGCAAAGGACUUUGAGGAUUUCCGUAAGAAGUGGCAGAGAACAGACCGUGAGCUGGGGAAAUUCAAGGAUCUUUUGAUGAAAGCGGAGACUGAGCGUAGCGCUCUGGAUGUUAAGCUGAAGCAUGCACGUAAUCAAGUGGAUGUAGAGAUCAAACGGAGACAGCGAGCUGAGGCUGACUGUGAGAAGCUGGAACGACAGAUUCAGCUGAUUCGAGAGAUGCUCAUGUGUGACACAUCUGGCAGUAUUCAACUAAGCGAGGAGCAAAAAUCAGCUCUGGCUUUUCUCAACAGAGGCCAACCAUCCAGUGGCAAUGCUGGGAACAAAAGACUGUCAACCAUUGAUGAAUCUGGUUCCAUUUUGUCAGAUAUCAGCUUUGAUAAGACUGAUGAAUCUCUGGAUUGGGAUUCUUCUUUUGUGAAGAACUUAAAACUGAAGAAAAGACAAAAAAGGCGUUCUAGUAGCCAACAAUUUGUUGAUGGACCCCCUGGGCCUGUAAAGAAAACUCGUUCCAUUGGCUCCACAGUAGACCAGGGGAAUGAAUCCAUAGUUGCAAAAACUACAGUGACUGUUCCCAGUGAUGGUGGGCCCAUUGAAGCCGUGUCCACUAUUGAGACUGUGCCGUAUUGGACCAGGAGCCGAAGGAAAACAGGUACUUUACAACCUUGGAACAGUGACUCCACCCUGAGCAGCAGGCCACUGGAGCCCAGAACAGAGACAGGCACCUCAAGCACACCACAGAGCAAUGGAGGGAUGCGUCUGCAUGAUUUUGUCUCUAAGACGGUUAUUAAACCUGAAUCCUGUGUUCCAUGUGGGAAGCGGAUAAAAUUUGGCAAGUUGUCUCUAAAGUGUCGAGACUGUCGUGUGGUCUCCCAUCCAGAAUGUCGGGAACGCUGUCCCCUUCCCUGCAUUCCUACUCUGACAGGAACACCUGUCAAAAUUGGAGAGGGAAUGCUGGCUGAUUUUGUGUCCCAGACUUCUCCAAUGAUCCCUUCCAUUGUUGUCCACUGUGUAAAUGAGAUUGAGCAGAGAGGCCUGACUGAGACAGGCUUAUAUAGGAUCUCAGGCUGUGACCGGACAGUAAAAGAACUGAAAGAGAAAUUCCUCAGAGUGAAAACUGUACCCCUCCUCAGCAAAGUAGAUGAUAUCCACGCCAUCUGCAGCCUUCUGAAAGACUUCCUUCGAAACCUCAAAGAACCCCUUCUGACCUUUCGGUUAAACAAAACCUUUAUGGAAGCAGCAGAAAUCACAGAUGAAGACAACAGCAUAGCUGCCAUGUACCAGGCUGUUGGUGAAUUGCCCCAGGCCAACAGGGACACAUUAGCCUUCCUCAUGAUUCACUUGCAGAGAGUGGCUCAGAGUCCAAGCACUAAAAUGGAUAUUCCCAAUCUGGCUAAAGUCUUUGGCCCUACCAUAGUCGCCCAUGCUGUACCCAAUCCAGACCCAAUGACAAUGCUACAGGACAUCAAGCGUCAACCCAAGGUGGUAGAGCGCCUGCUUUUACUGCCCCUGGAAUACUGGAGUCAGUUCAUGAUUGUUGAACAAGAGAACAUUGAGCCCCUGCAGGUCAUUGAAAACUCAAAUGGAUUUUCAACACCACAGACGCCAGAUAUUAAAGUGAGCUUACUGGGGCCUGUGACCACUCCUGAGCACCAGCUUCUCAAGACUCCUUCUUCAAGCUCCCUGUCACAGAGAGUUCGCUCUACCCUCGCUAGAAACACCCCCAGGUUCGGGAGCAAAACCAAGUCUGCCACCAACCUAGGACGACAAGGCAACUUUUUUGCUUCUCCGAUGCUCAAGUGAAGUCAUGCCUGCCUAUUACUUCCCAGCAUUUACCAACUGCAAGAAGGGGGCACACCUGUCCUCUGCUCUGCAGCCUUCUCUCCUCAUUACUACUUAUAGCAUUCUCCAGGCUUUUUAAUCAAGUUUAAUUGUGCGUGGGAGUUUUAUUGAAACUAUAUAUAUAUAUAUAUAUAUACACACACACACACACACACACACACACACGUCCCUUUCUUUCUCUUCCAGUAAUAUAAUAUCAGCACCUUGUGCUGGUUGUCAUUUGGAGCUUUUAGGUUGGAGAUCUUUACACAAUAGAGGGGUAAUGUAGAAUUUGUUCUGAUUCUUUUUGGGGUGGAGGGCAUCCCUUUGGCCUAAAGCCAAAUGCUGCUUGUGUAAUGGCUUUUCUCUUGUGUCACUGAGAAUUCUCAUGAGACAAUGACAAAUUUUACUUCUUUGGUAAGACUGACUUGUCACAGGAUGGGAAGUGGGAGGGCAGGUAAAGAAAGGAUUUAAGAGGAGAUCAGUGUGGCUCCUCUUCAGAACUUAGGAUUUCCCUCCCCCAUUAUGUACUGAGCUAUAUAGUAUGGAGUCUUCAUAAGAGAUAGGUGGAGGACAGAACUAGUGAUGGGGGUAUGCUUAGCUUUAAUUUGGUUUGAUUAGGUCAUAGUAGUGUAAAAUGGCACAGCCUUCUAAAUGUGAUACUCCAAGUAAUGUUUAACCUCUAAUGGACUUCUGGCUGGACUUUUGGGUUGAUUGGGGUCAAAGCCAUUUUGUUCUUCAAAGUUGAAUUCAUUCUGAUGAUUGACCUCCCACUCCUUGUCCAGUUGAGCCCUGUUUCUAAAGGUCAGUAUGUUGUCUGUGUGGCAUCUCACUAACAAGAGUAGCUGUAAAGUAAGAUUAUCAGUAUUUCAUGUGGCAAGAAAAGUCAGUCAUUUUUGUCUUUGCACUUUGGAUGCUGAAAUUUUUCUGUGGAACAUAGCCACAGCUAGAUAAAUGUGAGUAUCUUCUGUUAGAAUUAUUCCUAAUGUCUGUAAAAAUGGUUUUCUAAUAUAGACUAUUUCUGACUCAAAUUAGCCCUGUCUGUAAGACACUUAUUUAGAAUUAUAUUUGGGAAAAAAUAAAGAGCUUUUUCAA